UCGGCCAGACCUGGGCCCAAAUACGAGGAGUGGAGUACGAACGCGCACGAAGGAAGGCCUGGGCACCACACACAAAUUCAAGGUCUGGAGGAACACUUCCGGGACAGCUGUGGUGGAAUAAUCAAAUGGCUUGAUUUAGAAUCUUCCUACACCGCCUUUUCCGAGGGCUGGGGGCUGUACGCUGAAAACCCACUGAUUGGUGAGGACACGGAUACUUACGCGGAUGAACCCUGGCAAAAAUAUGGCAUGCUGAAAUGGCAGGUUUGGCGUGCCUUACGCUUAGUUGUUGACUCUGGUUUGCACUAUAAAGGGUUUUCCCGCCAAAAAGCCCUGCAGUUCUUUGCAGAUUACGCCUGGGACGAAAGUGACAUCGCUUUGAAAGAAGUUACUCGGUACCAGAGUGCUCCCGGCCAGGCUACCGCUUAUAUGAUUGGUCAACAGCAUAUUACGAAACUCAGACAAAACGCGCAAAGGGUAUUGGGAGAAAAGUUCGAUCUUCGAGACUUCCACUAUCACUUGUUAUCCCAGGGUUCCUCGCCUUUAAGUUACUUGGAGCAAAGUAUCGACACUUACAUCAAUUGUGUCAAGAAUGAAAAGGCUGCUGGAUGUUUUGACAUUCUAAAUCCAGCCGUGAAAGACGAAGAUGCAGAGGAAAAUAUCGAUAACCUUGAUCAGCCAAAGAGAGGGCGUCAUUUCUUCUAACGAAUUUAUAUGUUGUGCUUUUCUCAAUAAGAUUUUCUUUGAAAAGUAAAAUUUUGUUGCUACUUUAAUUCA